GAAAUUUCCGCACGUGACAAGCGACGCGCCGCUAUAUGAGGAAACCGGCUGAGAGCAUCCAGACCAUUCAGCCAGCUGCGCGCAAGACGCACACUCCAACUCCAGUAGAGUUUAAAGGGUAGCUGCACGCCGCGAUCAGAGCAGACUGAUAGAGAGUGAAAAGUCCAGGUUAAAGCGAGUCUAAGACAUAAAGAGAACUGCAAGAAAAAAAAAAAAGCAACCUUCCCCUCCCAUUCACCACUUUUUUUUUCAUCCCUCCUUCUCGGACCUCCACUCUCAAGACGCCAGAUCUUCCCAGUCACUCAGAGAGAGGGAUGCUGCAUACUGCUGAGCCGCACUUGCACUCAGACGGAACAUAGAAGCGGGAUUACACUUCAUCUUUUCUGGAGAAGUGACCUAGAGCUGAUUCUGGCUGCUUUUACGCACCGUUUCCUGCUCAAGUGUUGAAAAAAAAGGGGGGGAAAUCUGGACAUUACCACACAGAAGAAUCUCUUCUUUCUUCUUUUACGAUCACAGGAAGGUGUUGAUUUCGUUAUUCUUAUCACACCUUUGUUUUCUUCUCAAGCACGGACACUUUUUUCCCCUCUUAACUAUUAACAGGAGAACCAUCAGCGCGCUUUUUAAAGAUGCUUCCACCCGAGGACGUGAUACCGUAUCGCGUCUUAUCUGACGUUUGACACAUUAAGGAUCAGAUAAAGGAAACUGGAGAAAUUGGACAAAAGCAAAGUCAGAGAACUUCUUUUAAGCCAGGCUGUUGGGCUUUUUUUUUCUUCUUCUUUUUCUUUAUUGGAAUCCAAGCAAACCAGACCGCCGUCCAGAUGCAGUUUCGACUAUUCUCAUUUGCCCUGAUCGUCUUGAACUGUAUGGAGUACAGCAACUGUCAGGCGCCGUCGCACCGCUGGAGGAGAAACAAGAGAGCGAGCUAUGGAGCAUACCCCAUCUGUAAAGGUUGCUCAGUGUGCUCCAGGGAUAAUGGCUGUGUGAACUGCCAGCCCAAACUCUUCCUGUUCCUGCGAAGGGAGAGGAUGAGGCAGUACGGCGAGUGUCUUCACGACUGUCCAGCUGGAUAUUACGGCAUGCGCAGCCCUGAAAUCAACAUGUGCUCCAGGUGCAGGAUAGACAACUGCGAGUCCUGCUUCAGCAAAGACUUCUGUACCAAGUGCAAAUCUGGUUUUUACCUACACAAAGGGCGCUGUUUUGAUAAGUGCCCCGAGGGUUUUGCCCCACUGGAAGACACAAUGGAGUGUGGAGAGGGCUGCGAGGUGGGGCAGUGGAGUGAGUGGGGAGCCUGCACCAGGAGAAACAAAACCUGUGGCUAUAAGUGGGGUCUGGAGACCCGAACGAGGUACAUCGUCAAGAAACCUCCCAAGGACACAAUACCGUGUCCCACCAUUGCUGAGUCCAGGAUGUGCAAAAUGGCCAUGAGACACUGCAGGAGAGGUAAUUCAGGAAAGCACCGAUCCAAAGAGCCAAAAAAGAAUAAGAAUAAGCAGAGGCUGCGGUUUCGGGCCCAGAACCAGCACACUGACCACUUGGCCUCUGCGCUCUCCAGCCAGUAAGGACAAAAAACUCCCAGUGAACACAGAAACCAUCGCAAAGCUGCUAACCGCUGCUUCACCCAUACUCCGGCUGACAACUACCACUUCCCCAUCCGCCUCGCCACUUGCUUCCCAACCCUCCUCAAGCCUCCUCCGCCCUUCCCGC